AUGGAUCAAGUCAUGUACUGUAAGAUCGUUCUAAGUAUUUUGUUUCUUUCCCCUGUUGUUUUCACAGACAACAAGUGUAUUCUGCAUUCAGACUCAUUUGAGACUCAAUUUUGCAAUCUACAAGAUGCAGUUACAGCCAUGAGUGCAAAGUACUCCGACCUUACCCAGGCACAGAAGGACAUUGCGAACCUAAAACACACGGUUCAGUCACAGACCGCUAGGAUAUUGGACAACGAGGCUGCUAUAAAUUCAAGCACACAAUCCAAAAACCUUACAGAUCAGGUUGAACAGCUGCAGCAAAUGGUAGCAGAUUUACUUAACAGAACAGCAGCAGUUGAAGCUAAGGUAACCGGACCAGUGAAGCCUUGCGAUUCCAACCCCUGUCAUAACAACGCUUCCUGUCUAGAACUGACUGGUGACUAUUACUGCGCAUGUCAGGGAAACUUCACCGGAAAGCAUUGCGAUCAGGAAGACCACUGUGCAAUGUUGCCUUGUAAAAAUGGUGGUACAUGCUACAGUAACGCAAUUUCUUAUAUUUGCAACUGUACCGUUGAUUACAGCGGUCCUACCUGUGAAACCAAACUGAAUCCCUGUGACUCCGAUCCCUGUGUAAACGGACUAUGUACAGCACUUAACAACUCUUAUAGCUGUUCGUGUGAUAAAGGAUUCACUGGAGUAAAUUGCGAUUCGCCAUCAUCAGGUUCAAGCCCUGUAGUCUCCUCGUCUACUUCCGGUGUGAUUGUGACGUCAACGACAACCACAGCAACACCAACACCAAGUGUGUGCGACGGACAGCCAAAAUGCAACCCUCCCGCAACAUGCGUGCCUGUUCCGCAUUCAAACGACUAUAAUUGUGUGUGUCCAGAUACGCCGGAGACAUUGGCGGAUACUUGCUGGGAACCUUUCUAUAUUUUGCCUUUCGGGUUCUGUUGUAGAAUCAAUACUUGUGUUGUCCCAAAACCGGAUCCGGUAUGCUGA